ACCAGUUGUCACGCGCCGCUCCACAUUCGUAGCUUCGCUAAUUUUACACGCCACUUCUCUUCUACACUCCUCAUACAGUUCAAUAGUGUUUUGUGCUUUAUCAUCCAGUGUUCCAUCCUCAAGCUCCGCCAAACCCAACCUUCCAUCCCAACCGUGCAGUGCAAUGAGUAUUUAAUAGUGAUAGUGCAGUGUUCAUGCGUAGUGCGUGUGUGAUGUGUGUUUAAGAACUACACAUAUACUAAAAUGUCAUCCCGAACGGGCCAGCGGGGGUCCCUGGCGACCAGUCAGAGAAAGCACCGGUCGCGAUCGGCGCCGCGGUAUGACCUUGAGAAGAAGCCAAAGAAGAAGGACAAUAAGCCAUCAGGGACUGCCAGCUUGGUGUCCAUACCGAAUAGCAUUAAGCUGACCAUGCUUAACAGCGGCCUUAUUUCUUUUGACCGGGUGACCUUUAGACCAGAGACUGACGAGAACGGAUCCGUGUCAGAGACGAUACCCGACAAGCCGGUCGAGUUGAAGAGCUUUCCGAAACUUUGCGAGCAGCGGCGAAAGUUCCCAGUGCUGUACAAACUUGAGUUUCAGACUGCUACGAAAGUAGAGACGCACGCGUGUAGACACGCAACCAAGAAGACUAAUUUAUACAAAAACCAGAACCAAAAAGUCAUUCCUUACGACUACAACAGAGUGGUGCUACAGACAGUUGAUCGAGAGCCAGACUCCGAUUAUAUUAAUGCUUCCUAUAUAGAUAGUAUAUUAAAACCAAACGCAUACAUAGUGACUCAGGGGCCAACAGAGGAGACCGUAGUAUCAUUUUGGCGAAUGAUAUGGCAGGAGCGAGCCGCGGCUAUUGUUAUGCUGACCAAGACAUUCGAUUUUAUAAAGGUGAUGUGCGUCCAAUACUGGCCGGCGAGUAAAGACAAGGACGAAACAUAUGGAGAUAUAAGUGUAGGAAUAGUGCAAGAGGAGGAACUAGCCAACUUUCACAUACGGACGUUUCGGCUUUACAAAACGGAGAAAGACGUGGUGGUAGAAGAAAGAUUCCUUCUACAGUUCCACUACACACAAUGGCAUUCACAUACAUGUCCCUUCGGCAAUGCCCUUCUGGAGUUCAGGAGACGAGUCCGGGCAGUGGUGGGGAGACGAUUGGUGUCCAGCUCUGCGACUGGACCUAUGGUAGUGCACUGCAAUGACGGUGGUGGUCGAUCGGGAGUUUAUCUGGCAGUUGACGCAAAUUUAGAAUUGGCUGAAGAAGAAGAUUGUUUUGACGUGUUUGGAUAUUUGAAAAAACUGCGCCAAUCACGGAAAGGACUUAUUGAAAAUGAGGAACAAUACAAAUUCGUAUACGACACGCUAGAGGAACACGUAGUGUGUGGGGUCUCCUGGUUCCCCGUAUCAGAUCUCUCGCAACGUCUCAAACAGAAGUCCCAAAGAGACCCGGUAACCAAACUCAACGAGUACCAGAAGGAAUAUCAGCAGAUUUGCAAGCAAACCCCCAGAUUUACGAUUGGAGAUUGCGCAGGAGGCCAUAGAGGGGAUAAUAGAGAGAAGAAUCGGGAUGUUCUUGUUGUUCCACCUGAUAAUUUUCGUCCAUACUUAACAUCAUUUCAAGGGAAUAGUUUUACGGAUUAUAUCAACGCAGUAUUCGUCGAUGGUUACACAAAACCUCGAGAAUACAUAGUGACAGAGUGGCCGUUAAUUCGAACUCAAGGCGAGUUCUGGUCCCUCGUGUACGACUACGAGUGCGCGGCGGUAGUCGUGCUCUGUGUUCCACCUAAAAACUCGCAACAAUUCCCGCCCUUCUGGCCAGAAGGGCGCCACUCCAAGAAAUACGGGCCCGUGUUCACAAUAGAUCACGUUUCUCACAACCAUUAUACGAACAUUAAAACGUGGAUUUUCAGGAUUAAUAAGAAGAUCGUUUCCCUAACGGAGCUAAUGGCGGGAGUGAAAGCACCACCAAAGACAGUGCAACUGUUCCAACUGACGUGCUGGCCGAUGGGCCACAAGGUGCCAUCGUCCACCAACUCGCUGGUCGAGCUCAUGAACAUGGUGGAACGUUGGCGACAGCGGACUGACUACGGGCCCGUGUGUGUGGUGUCGCCGGACGGUCGCAGCCGCGCCGGCGUGUACUGCGCAGCGAACGCGUGCAUCGAGCAGGUGAUACAGCAUGGUGAGGUCGACGUGUUCCAAGCUGUUAAGACCGUGCGCAGGCACCGGCCGCAGCUCGUCGAGAACAUGACGGAAUACAAAUACUGCUACGACCUCGUGCUGCACUACGUGCUGCACUAUUUAAACAAGGACAUGAACGAGAAGAAGUGAGAGUGCGAGCUGAAGGACGAGCUCUGGUUCAUAGAGUUCGGGCGCGGGCCGGCGCUGCCCGCCACGCCGGAGGAGCGCAGCCCGCCGCGCGCGCGCC